UGAGGGCCACUGAAUGGAGCAAAGGAAUUACCAAGUACACGUUUUAGAUUUGUAAGGGAAAAAAGACGAGACCGUGAAGUGUUUCAGACAUGUCUGCGAGUAUAAGUGAUAACCGCCAUGACGGUCCCGACAGCGACGCAAAACCGCCUCGAGUCACCGCUACAACGGAAUACUGCGCAAAGUUGCAGCAGUGGAUGUGGCAGUACUACUGGGGGUACGCUAACUGGCAGAGCUGGUCGGCACUGACAGCUCUCCCCUUUCCUCCGCCGUGCAUUUUCCCUCCGCCUGGGACGAGCUCUCAGACUCCGGUUGCACCUGUCGCGACUUCGGGGCAGCAGCAGACUUACGACCCGGCAAACUGGUACAGCUACCCUUAUCCCCUCAGUUUCCCAACAUCUUCUCCUCAACCGGGUGGUACCCAGUCCGGACAGAGCUCUGCUACAAGCCCGGCUGCUACAGCUGAUGGUCGGACAGCCCAGCAGCAGAAUGGGAACCCACCUCAGGCAGGACGGGAGUACACCAUCCCCUCUCCUCUCCAGAGGUUCCUCGCUGAGACAGUGGACUUCUUCAUCCUGUUUUGUGUGAAGGCCACUAUCGUGCUCUGGAUCAUGCAUCUGAGUGGAAUGAAGGAUAUUGCAAAAUUUAUCACGCAUUUCAUUGUGGAGGAGAUUGACGAGAACACAUCAAUGGAGGACCUACAGAAGAUGAUGGCAGUGGCUCUGGUCUACAGAGUGCUUGUGUGCGUCUAUGAGGUAAUCUGUAUUUGGGGUGCUGGUGGUGCUACACCAGGAAAGUUCCUACUCGGUCUGCGAGUGGUGACGUGUGACACAUCCACUCUGAUCCAUCCAAACAGAGUCCUAGUCGUCCCAGCAUCUAAUGUUUCCCUCUCUGCCUCUACAGUGCGCGCACUCAAUAAGAACUUCUCCAUUGCCUUCCUCUUCCCUGUCUUCAUCACUCUCCUCUUCUUCCAGCACAACAGGACUGUGUAUGACAUUGUGGCAGGGACUAUUGUGGUUCAGCGCAGAGGGGACAGAUAGCCUUGCCUCCUGCAGCAGACUCUUGUUUUUCCACUCAGCAGGGCAAUGACAAGGUGCUAGAAUCACUUUGAAUCAGUCACAAAUGGCUAAUUUCUUCUUCUCUGAAUUAAACUUUGACACAACCUACACUUUGGAAUGAUAUGGAUGCAGAUUUAUGCCUGGCAUGUUGAAUCAAAAGGAACCAGAUCUAGAUCAUGUUUUUACUGGAUGACUGCACUUCAUUAGAAAAAAAAAAAAAAGCUGUCUGGAAAUUCUUUAAAAGUGUUUACUUUGUAAAGUAGGUUAAGCCUUGAAUGGUGCUGGGAAAUGUUUCCAAAAAAUA